AAUAUAAUUCAUCCUUAAUGUUUUACUCAGACAUUAUAGACAUUUUUGUUUUCUGGAAGUAAUAUAGAUAUGUCUAUAGUAACGGAAAUAUGGGGUAUCAAAUGAUCUGAAUUGGCUUAUUGCUUUGGAUAAUCGUAUAACUUAUUAGUACUUAUAUACUAGACUUAGGAGCGAAAGCCUUUAUGUGUAACGUGGCUGACUAUACAAUUUCUUAUAUUUACAGUACUUGGGUAUAUCACUUCAACCUUCUAUGGAAGAAUUUCCAGACAGUUUUACUCCAGAAACCUGCGGAAUACUGAAAGGGCUCUUCGAUACAAGGACAAGAAUGCGCCUUGGAGCAAGUGGAAGCGGGGCUGAAGAAGUUAAGAAAAGCAGUUUCUUCAUGAACUUAGACUGGGAGGCCCUCUCGAGAAAAGAGGUGAAGCCUCCAAAAAACAACAGAGUGAACACACAUAAAUUCCUGUUUACAACAGAGCCUGCUUCUACUUUAGACAGUCCUGAAGAGCCAUUAUCAGUAGAGAUUCAAAAAGCAGUCCAAGACGUAUACAAAAACCUUAAAUAGACUGAAGGAAGAACUUACUUAUUAACGUUGGACUAAGAAGACAAGUGGGAGGAUGAGGGCGGAUUGAAGACAGGCUUCUGAAUUUGAAGCCCGUAAAUAAAGAGAAGACUAAGAAGACAAGUGGGAGGAUGAGGGCGGAUUGAUGUGCAAAUGAAAAGAACCGACCUAAGGAUCACAUGUGAUGGAACCGGACUUUAAAAAGAUCCAGAAACAGGAUCCUUUCCUUAGGCGGCCAGGGGUGGCAGAAAACUUACCUGGUAAAAGUAAGAGCUGCAUUUUUAAACAAGAAAUUCUGCAGACAAUUGCACUUUACUCCAGACGUAAACGUAGGAGCGGUGAAGGGGCACCAUCAAACCUGUUGCAUUAGGUGGCAGCAGACGCAGAUGUGCCCGUCACUGAAAAAGUUGUUGAAUUAUACAAGAGGAUAGAUGCCACCCCUAAAGUUUACAAUCUUUUACUGAAUAAACAAUACUUUUUUUUAAAAGUCAA